UGAGGCGUGAGCGUGAGUGCGUGAGCAUUCUUCAGCAUUCUCAUUUUCUUGGAUUUUCUCUUUUUGCAAUCAGUGUUAGCAGAAUGUUAUUGUAAUAAUGAAUGAAUUUUACAAGACGAAAUUUUUUCGGCGUUUUCUGCCAUUUAUAAUACUAGUAGUAGGAGGUUCGUUUUUCAUUCAAGAAUUCGCGAAACUGAGAUAUAAAUAUAGAAAAGUACAGUCAGUUGAUUUGAAGACAGAGGCGAAAAAACGUGGCAUACAAGUGGAGAAAUCCCGUACUCUGGAGGAAGAAUAUGAAAAAAUAAAGAAAGUGGACAUUAAUAAUUGGGAAAAUGUUCGAAUACCACGUCCAUGGGAGGAGCCUAGCAGUACAAGCAAAUAGGAGUACCAUACAAAGAAUCCU